CUAGCUAGUGUUGUGUUGUGUUGUAUUUUUAGGUUACUCUGUUUGCAAGAGGUGAUUUCUCCCUUUUGCUCCGUUUCUUCUCUGUUUCAAGAUUUGGAAAAACAGAGUGAUUGCAAUUUUGGACAAAAAUGUAUGCAGAGACGUGGCUAUUGUUUCCCUAUAUGCAGGAUUUCUCUCAAGAUAUUCAACAACUUGAAGAGUAUUGCAAGUGCCAAAAGACCAAUGCUUCAAUGAGCAACCUACUCCAGACCACCAUAUCAGAAUAUGAUCUGGGAGGCGAGGGGGAUCUGUUCAAAGCACCUGAACCAAUCAUUGAAGAGCCACUUGUGGUCAUUGAUCCCAUGACAGCAGCCAUUUCAAUGAUCUCCUAUGGGGAAGAAGUCAUUUCUUCACAAGGACUUGAGGUGGCAGAUAUUGAAUCGAUUCAAAAUGAGCAGCUUUUGAAUGAGGUUUUCUAUGAAUGCAAGAAGGACAUCCUGGAAAAAGAAGCCAUGGAAGCACCAUCGCUUGCAGAGCUUCUGGAUAUCAAGAUUCCUAUUGUGAGGACUGACGAAAACAACUUUCAAGAAAACAAAUUGCUCCCUGAUGCUGCGCUAUUAAAAAGUGUCAGCUCAGGAUGUUUGAGGUCAGUGGAGUGGCUGCAUGGUGCUGCAGUGAAGCCAAGUUUUCUGGAGUUUCCUGGAAUUGAUUUUGAAAAUGCUUAUGGAAUGAGGAGAGCAUACAGCGAAGGAGACAUAAAGACACUUGGUAACGGUAAUACAAGCCUCAUCCAUUCUACCCUUGACCAACCAUUGAUUAUCAACAACUGCUCUGCCGAGGACCGCAGGGAAAAGCUUUCAAGGUACAGGAACAAGAAGACAAAGAGGAACUUUGGCAGGAAAAUUAAGUAUGCUUGCAGGAAGGCUCUUGCAGACAGUCAACCAAGGAUUCGAGGAAGGUUUGCGAAGACUGAAGAAUGGGAUGUUUCCAAGAGGCAAUAACUGUCAACUAAUUCAUGAAAAGGAAAAAAGAAAGUAGAAGCGAAAUACUCCCAUGCAGCAAUGGAAGAAAUGAGUAAUAGCAUAAGCCUGGAAAAUAGAUUUGGCAGAAAACUAGGCAACUAUUGUUAAAUAAACUAGACCCCCAACUCGCGCAACGUAGUUGAUCUCUUAUAUGUUGUAAUAACCUCCUCAAUUGAACAAAAUGGCCAAGCAGUGCUGUACAUAGGGUUGUGUUGAAUAAGUUGAGGAUGCAAUAAAAGGUUGUAGUUGUUCAUAUAUCUUAUGAAAUGGAAAUAUUGUAUUCCCUCUA